GACUGAGAUGAUAACAGAAAGAGAGAUCAUGUUCUUCUGCAACAACGAGUAGUUAUAAUUUGAGACCAGUGCUGGGUGCUACGACAACUGGCGCAGAUGGAGGUGUCGCAAACAUGUUUUUCUCCAGGUCCGUCGCUGAAAAUUAAGAUUCUUUUAAGUAUAAUCCAUUGGAUGUAGCUUUUCAUAAUACGUGAGUGACAUCUUCAACUUCAUACUUCAUCAAGUCACAAGAACUCUGAUACGUCUUGACGACACCUUUUUUUAUGUCUGAGACGCACUUCAGGUCCUCACAACCUUCGACACCUCCCAUCGACACCUCUUCUAAUGUCUGAAGAAGAUCAUCUCCGAUCCCGCAUCCUCAAGCGACACAUCAAAGUUUGUAGAGCUCAUAGCCGACUACGUGCAUGUUAUUGCGCUGCCCGCUGGACGCAUUGUCGAUUAUGCUGCACUUGUCAAGUCAAAAGCAAAACAGGGACCAGAUGAUGUGGUACACACGGCGGACGAAGAGAAGGAAGCUUCCUUAUGCUGGGUCACUAACUACGUUAUCUAAUAUAGUGCUUGAUAUCGCUGUGCAGAUGUUGAUUUUAGAUGAAGGUGAUGAAGAAGAUCCUUCACGACAUGCUUCGAAGGAAGAAGAUUUCUCCUUGUGACUUGCCUCUUUGACUCACCUAACUUUCCUCGCCACCCAGACGGCGGACCAGCAACAAGCCAUGGGGUCGCUCUUGGCUGGGUUGUCGUUGUUCCUAUCGAAGGAGAACAGGUUAUUCCGAGUUGGCACUUCUGCAAGGAUUUUUUCAAUCCUGACGCGAUCCCAGUACUUGGUGGCGUUGUCGUGGCCGAACGAGACUUAUGAUAGAUGGAAGAUGAUCCUGCUAAUGGUCUAGUACGACAGAUACAGAAAGAUUUUGUGAGAGUACUACAGACAUGCAUUUGUCGUCUGCUGAAUAUGGAAGCCGAGUCGUGCGUAGUUUCUAUUCUACCCACAAGAAAUGUAGCAUGUGCUUGACCAGACUCCUUCUAAAGCCAAAGCCAACAAGUAAUGCAGAUCUCCCCUCGGCUGCGUUUCUUUGUCGAGCUCUGUCUCCUUCGCACACCUGAUCUGUUGGCUGUAGAGUUUUUGAGGAAAGUGAUCGCAGAAUCGAAUGCGAGUGCGGAGAAAGAAGCUGUUUCAUACACUGCGCAAUCCUACGCGGCUCCAAAUGUAGCUACUUCUGGAAAAGGCUCUUCUGGAGCAGGCAGUGACACUAAGCGAGACUACUUUUAAGGUUUGAAAGGCUUUUGAUGAAAUUUGGUGCAUUCCUAUUUUUUAGAAUGGUUCGUCCUCAGUUUCCAUACCACCCUUCAGCCUUAGCCUGACUCUGAGACAGAUGUCGAAUGCAGAACGCCAUGGGAGAUAAAUUGUGAACGAAUAAAUAUAUAAGUAAACUUUUCUAAUCCUAAAAGCCCCUUUUCGAGCACAAGAUUAGCAGCACCAUAAGACAAGACCUCGACGGCCUCGCGUCAGUGCUUGCGCCAGGAUACGGGGAAAUAUCAUGGUUUUCUCGCGGUUUUCAGGAUUCGGAGGACACAUUAACUCUUAAAGCUGAAGUAGAACAAGUCAACAAAAGAUCCCAAGAAUCUGCAGACGGUGCUGGUUCGACAGGCGUUGGAGUACCAGAGAGUGGGAUGAAGGGGGGCGGGGAAAUUACGGCUAGAGCAGAUGGAAGAAGAAACUAGCUCAGCGCAAUCAGCAUUUCGCAGUUAUUUCUAAAGAAAAAACUAGAACUACUUACAUGAUAGUACUUUCGUUGUCUCGCAUAUCCUUAAGUUAGCGCCUAUCCGCAGUACAUGACAGUACUUUCAUCUAAGACUAAUCCCAAGCCAUCACGACUGUUUGGAUUCGUCACGCGAGCCCUAUUAGACCCAGAAUUGAGCAAGAAGCUAGCCGACGCAUCUGCUUCCCUAUUGCACCUGGAUUCACCUGCUACGGGCGACAAGAAAGAUGAAGAACACGAGCCGACUUUGGAAACUCACGGUGGUUAAGGUUAUCGUUUCCCCAAUAUAUAAUAGAUUAGAAGUAGUACCAACAAGUUUAGAUUAGGUCCAGCGACGCUUAAAGCACUAGAGUAAAACAACCGGUUAGUUUUCACCUCUAUCCUUAGGCUUAUCCCUUCAAACAACAUCAUAUGGAUCAGUUUUCUAAAAUACACAGCACGUUCUAAUACAACAACAUCCCUCCAGCACCACUUGUAUCCGUCUUUCGAUGGAGGCAGAAAAGCAUUGUAAGUUCUAUCUCUCGAGGAUCCUCCGAAGACCAUACGAAAUCGGGUCCGUGGGUAGUGAUGCUCCAUUGUCCCAGAACCCAUCUAGUACUGUUGGCUGACGAUGUUGUAUCUGAUGGAUCAGCGGCAGGGGAAUAUGUUACGCGCUACUUGUUGUCGCUAGACUUCCCGUUUCCGAUUGUGCACUGGUGUGAUAGUCUGUGAAAAAGAAUUCGAGUAGUUGCAAUUUUGAAAAGGAUAAAGCAGGUCGAUGUGACUGGCACAUGGACAAUUAGAGAAAAAUGCUAAAGGAGCUUUUACGAUUCAGGCGAAUCCUGGUCAACGCAGAUGAUAUCUAGUACUGUGAGUGGACUAAUAAAUUCAUCCACCGACGACUCUCGUCCUCCCCUCUGCAUCUCUAACAGAGACGCAAAGAGCAAUCCUGAUAAAAUUACUUUCGCAACUACGUCUGUCACGGGUGCUGGUGGAGAGGUUGCGCAUUUGGAGGUGGUGAAAGCCAUGUUGCCGAUUGUUCCUGAGAAUUGUUGGUUGAGUCGUUCACUGUCUCUUUAUGGUUUCUAUUACGUACUAUGCGAUGUUUGCUGCAUUCUUGUGGAAUGACUUAGGUGUACAUGCAUCGUUUUCAAGCACUCAGUUCUUCGCCUAAUAAGCUCAUUUUGAUUUUUUGCGUCGUCGCUCGGGGUAGGGCCUGAUGCAUAGAUGAGCAAAUACGGUUUGACUGAUGUUGAUGUGAUUUUUUGCAAUUCAUGUAAUAUCUUUCUAAUAUCGAUUCCAACGUCUAUGUGGAUUUGGGGUCGACGGAUGUGACGAGGACACUGUCGUCAAGAGGGAUUGCCUUGAUCGUGACGUUGUUGGCGUGAAGGACAAAAAUCGUGGUCAAGAGGAGGCCACUUCAACACAUGCUGAAAAGACCGCGUCUGCAUCUCCUCUAGUGGAUUAUAAUCGUGGUCAACAGGAGGCCACUUCAACAUAUGCUGAAAAGACCGCGUCUGCAUCUCCUAUAGUGGAUCCUAUAGUGGAUUAUCCUUCUAGUAGAAAAACGGACGACGAAACCUCUACAAUAUUGAAGGCUGAGAAUGAAGACCUGCCAGUGCCAGACAAUGAGGAUACAACUAAGAAGACCUCUAGGUCUAGAAGAGUUCAGCAGCCCCAUGGUCGAGACGAGAGCGACGACAAGGAAAACGAUCCAAAUAGAAAUACAGCUAGUACAAUCGGAGGAUCUGCUUACAAUGCGAAGAAUGGUGUGGAGCAUGCAACUGCUGGACCUGCUACUCGUGGGAAAUCGACUACGGAUAAAAAGAUCUCUGAACUGGUGAGUGGUGGCGAUGCUUUAGACCAAAUGCUUGCUGAUCUUGGUUCAUCUUCGACAUACCGUAUUAAUUUUCCAAGUAAAACUACGAGGAAAGUAGAUCUUCAACAACAGGUCCGGGAUCCUCAGGGGCAGGCGUUUUCUAGAGGAAUUUACGGCCAGAAACCUGACGCUCGUCCCAAAGCCGAUAACGCAGUGUCUUCCGCGACACUAAAGAAGCAUUCACUAGUUGUAUCUUCAGCUCCAGAGGUCAAGCAAACAGCAAUGUCGUCAGCUCCUCCGCCAACAGAUGACACAGUAUCUUCGGCUUCCGCGAGAGUCAAUCUCAAUAACUUCCAGGCGCAGCCCCCCUCUUCAACGCCGAUAAUGAACCCGAACCCUUCUCCAGUUUUAAAUGCAAAAGGUCCACGUCCACCUUCUCCAGUUUUGAAGGCCAAAUUCGAAUUUCCACCUUCUUUCAGUAAUCAUCUCUCGAAUUUUCAGCCUCAGACAGCAGCAUCAUUAGUAUCGAUUCGCGCAAGACCUGGGGACAAUUUUCCGAGACGGCUUGUUGACGCGUCUACAGACCAACAACGUGGUCGAUCCCCAUUGCCGAAAUUACCGGUAAACAUGGGGACAAAACCAGAUAAAAACCAAGAUGCACCUUCUUGGAUUCCACAAAGCAGGCAAACGGGGGAAGGCAGUCGUGAUAAACAUUAUGUCGGAGUUGUUAAAUUUUUUUGAUAAAUUACAAACAAACGCAAAUAAGUAAAGAAAGACCAUACUAACGUUUGAAAUGACUCAUUCCUUCGCCGGAAAUUAUGUUGUUUGUGAUCCUUGUUUUCAGGAUUUCGUUUUCAUCUCGAUCUCUAACAAGUAGAGAAUGUACAACUCGACGAGGAAACGAGCGCCUUCGGACCUUCAAGCCAGCCGCUAGUGCCGCGACCGCCCAGUCAUCCGCGAUCCCUCAGUAGUGGACCUGUCCGCAGACCACGACGCUUUGUCGUGCAAUGACUUCAAGGGUUUGGGUUUACUUUCAUCCUCAACUAGUAUUCAUCGUAUCAAUGUCAAAUCACACAAAAGAACCUCCGAAUACGUAAUCAUUUUUCACCGUAUCACUCGAGCACAAAAGAACCUGAUUAAGUAAUCAACGGAACAUCUGCGUGACUCAACAAAAGAACCUCCGCAUCAAGUAUUAUAGCAAAGGUAUCACUACUUGCACUUGUCCAGCACUCAUGCUU